AUGAAGACUAAGGCAUUGCUGCUGAGCAUCGCGCUGCUGGCUCUGCUACGCCGCGAUGCCUUGCAGGUAGAAGCCAAAUCGAAAGGAUUCGAGAAGCUGGUAAGCAGGUCUCUGCCACACGAGCGCGCUGCUCGAGCGCAGCAGCUCGAAUCUGAAUUCGCGAAGAGGGACGGCGUUCCUGUCAGCAGCGAGUCCCUCCUGCAGCGUGGUGCGAUGAGCCGCUCAAACGCGUCGCCUCUGGUUGAUCGCAGAGUGAGCGAGCCAACGGACGAUCCAUCCCGCGCCGUCGAACGCAAGUCUUUGGCCUCGGAUGCAAUCAUCUAUCAGCGCGAACAUGCUGAGGAGCUCUUCUCGGAGCGCCGCGAGGACGAGUAUCCAGUGGUGCUGCGGGCAGCAUCGGAUGAGGAAGAGUCCUUUUUCGAUGCAAAAUGGCUUCCUCGCGUCGACUCGGUCGAUCGCGUCACGCUCGAAGCUCGUGUUGCUGAUGGCUUUGAAGAGCUGACCUACCGCUUGGAGCGCGGCUUGUUCGACGAGCACUUAUCCAAACGGGCAGAGACCGGUGCUGAUCAGAAGAAGCCCAACACUUUGAGUCAGGAGGAAGAUCAAGGAUAUUCGCCAGCUGACAAGGAAUCAACUCAAAGCGGCACGCCCCCAACCAAGUCGCAAGCGAAGCCCAAUGACGGUUCGGCGGGAUCCGGGGAAAGUGUGAGCCCAAACGCGGAGCCCGCCAAGCCCACCAAUGAGAAGGCAAGACCAAACACUGGCAAGCAGUCUGGCAAAGGGGCUCAGGUCGGUCAAGCUACGACGAGCGACAACGCAGUACCUGAGGGCGCAAACGGGCAGCCGAUCGACCUGACGAAACUUGUGAACCCCUUCAUCGGUACUGGCAAUAUAACAUACGGCAACGUCUUUCCAGGCGCGACCGUGCCGUUUGGCAUGGCAAAGCUCGGCAUCGACCUUGAGACCUAUGCACCGUGAGUCGAUUAUCUGUAAAGAAGGCCAAAGCAUUGCCUGCGACAAGCCUUAUACUCAUCAGCCACGCCCGUCUUUAGCGCCGGCUACAAUGGUAAUCUGGACGCUCCCGUAAGGGGCGUUUCAGUUCUGCAUGACUCGGGCACGGGCUCCUCUUCAGGAUCCUUUGGCCAAUCCGAGUCAAUGGCAGUCUUUUGUGAGACAUUUGCCACCUGUCCCAAGACGCUGGACGAGCGCAUGCGGAAAAGAGUCAAGGGCAAAGACGUUGCUCGCCCUGGCUACUUCAGCAGUCAGCUCGUCGAUGGCGUUGUCAUCGAGGUGACCAGCACCCGCAGAGCAGGUCUCCAGCGCUGGACCUUUCCGAAGGACAAGGUCGCGCAGGCAGGAUACAAGAAGCCCACCAUCGUGUACGACUGGACCAACGAUCUGCCUGGCACCUUCCGAGGAGGACAGAUGGACUUCAAUUACGAGCAAGGUCGCGUGAUGAUGAAUGGCAGCUGGGGCUCAUCUUUUGGAGUCAGUGGAGCGUGAGUAUGGUUGGGGCGCCAAGAAUGAAGACCAGUGCAGCGAAUCUCUGACGUGGACCGACUUGACGAUUUCACAGUACUUGGAACGGCUACUUUUGCUACGACUAUCUCAACGAAGGCAAGCAGACGCUCGCAAAAGCUGGCAUUUGGGCAGGCGACCGUUUCGGCCAAUCGGUCGUCACUGAAGGGCUGAAACACGCACAACAAGUCCGCAACGAGAUCGGUGGUCAGCCAAUCCAGGCCGGCGCUCUCGUCUCGUGGGACAAGACUCCCACUGAUCAAAACGGCAAUCCGCAGGUGCUCGUGAGAGUCGGGACCAGCUACGUCAGCGCGCAACAAGCGUGUCGCAAUGCCGAAGAAGAGAUUCCCAGGUUUGACUUUGAGGCUGUGGCCAGCGCUUCCAAAGCAUUGUGGAACGAGAAGCUCAAUCGAGUCAUUGUCAAGACGAACAAUACGGAUUUAGCUCAAAUGUUCUACAGCUCGCUUUACCGAUCCUUCGUCAGUCCUAACAAUGCUACGCUGGAGGGCCAAGGCAAGUACCUCAACACCCAAGCGCCCUACUUCGACGGUCUCUACUGUCUUUGGGACUCUUCGCGCACCGCAUUCCCUUAUCUUGGCUUCCACAGUCCUAGAGACUACGCCCAAGUCGUCGAGACUAUUACGGACGGCUGGCGAAAAGACGGCUUCAUUCCGGAAUGCCGUGCGAACAAUGUCCCUGGUCUCACUCAAGGCGGUAGCGAUGGUACGUUGGUCUCGGCCGAUUUCCUCGUCAAGUACGCCAAACAUGCGAAGGAUCUCGGAGUCAACGUGGAGGACAUGUACGCCGCGCUGCACAACGAUGCUUACUCUACCCCGGCCGAGUGGAAUAGCGGCGGUCGACAGAUCAAUGUCUACACACAAUACGGAUACAUUCCCUUUGCCGUCUUUGACGCUGUCAGCACAGGUCGGCAGACUCGCGAGUGCUCCAGAACACUCGAGUAUGCCGUGAACGACUUUGCCAUUCGAAAUGUUGCCAAGCUCACGAAUCACGGAGAUGUGGCCAAAGAUCUUGAGAAGCGAGCCUACUUCUACAAGAAUUGUUUCAACCCCGACCUCGAAAGUAUGGGCUUCAAGAACUUUGUGGCGAAGAGACGCAUCGACGGCUCGUUCCCCAAAUCCGAUCCGACGGACUGCUCGCCGCUUGACACCAACGAGACCCACGCUUGCUCUCUGCAGCAGAACAACGUCUUUGGAGUGUACGAGUCAAGCAGCUGGGAAUACUCCUUGUAUGCCCCUCACGAUUUUGCUGGCUUGAUCAAGCUCCUCGCUAAUGGUAACAACGAAGCGUUCAUCAAGAGAGUAGACAAAUUCUUCGAUGCGGGUCUGUACCUUGCUGGUAACGAACCCAGCUUCCAGACACCUAUAGUCUGUGCGUUCAAAUUUGCAGUGUAUCGCGAUGUUGCUAUGCUGAUACCGCUGUUCCGCUCGCGUCGUUUGCCAUAGAUCACUACGCCAAUCGUCCAGACCUGUCCAUCGAUCGAGUCAGACAAGUAGUGUUUGAAAAUUUCAACACUGGCAACGAUGGUAUUCCUGGCAACGACGACAAUGCUGCAAUGGCGACGCUUCUGAUGUUUCACUUGAGCGGUCUGGUGAGUGAUCUGCAACGAAGCCCCUCUGUCGACCGCGGGAGUUUCUGACUUUCACGCACGGUACCUUCAGUACCCCAUCCCCGGCACGCGAGAGUUCCUGGUGCUCUCGCCUUUCCUCGAGUCGAUCCUCUUCAAGAACGAGUUGCUAGGCAAUGCGCUCAUCACCGUUGACGGCUUUGAUCCCGCCUCGCUCAAGAAGAAAAUUCCUCAAGGAUCGCGAGCUUACGUCGAGAGCGUUACUAUCGAUGGGAAAGUGCAAAGCUCACGCUGCAAGAUCAUGUUCCAGGACAUUUUCCCAGAGCGAGGUGAUGGCAAGACGACCAACGUUGUCAUCAAGGUCACUGCGGAUCGAGCCGCUGCAAACAAUUGCGGAAAGAACGCCUCCGACCUGCCUUCUUCCCUCUCUACUGGAGGAUUCGACAAGCUCUAG